AUUGAGCCGCUCCAACGGCACGAGGUAAACAACACCGCCGCCAUGGCAAAGAGAAUCCCCAUCCAGCUUGCCCGGGAGAUGGUGCAGCGGCCCUGGAAUGCCCUGCGCCCGUUCCAACAGGAGGGGCCGCUCGCCAGGGUCCCGGAGCACUACAAAAAGUUCUUCUGGGAGUGGAAGCAAUGCCCAAAAGCCCCUGUGCACUACAUACCCACGCCGGGCAAGUUUGAGAAGCUACCUAAUGGAGACAUCGUGCCCGUGCAGAACCUCCCCCUGCCACUGCUGUACCCCAAGGAGAUGCACGAGGGGAUAUGGGGCGGCGAGGGCAUCAUCAAAGGGUUUCAGAAGAGGAAGCCGACAACAAGGCGCGUCCCCCACUACUGGGUGCCGUUUGUCAAGUCCUCGGUGGUGUACUCGGAGAUCCUGGACCGCCACAUGACCAUCAACGUCACGGACCGCACCCUCAGGCUCAUCGACCAGCACUACGGCUUUGAUAACUACAUACUGGAGACUCCCCCGGCUGACCUGAUGUCCGAGCUGGCCCUGAAGCUGAGACGGGAGAUGCUUCUGGCGCUGGUGCGGGAGACGCUGCACCCAGACAACCCUGCCAAGAGAAAGGAGCUCCUCGAAAAGCACAAAAAACACAUCCUGCCUGAGGAGGAGGCUGAGUGGUACGGGCUGAACCUCAAGGAAGCCAGCACCAAACAGAAGCGCAUAGAGGAGGCUGCCAACCGCCCUCAACCCCUCAAGCACAUCUUCAGGGCGGAGUUUGUGGAGUAUCUGAAGGCCAGUGAAGAGGCGAAGGCAGCGGCAGCGGCAGCAGCGGAUGAAGAGAGCUCAUCGGCAAGCAGCUGGUUGACGAAAGUGAAUCCCUUCGCCAAAAAGAAGGACGAGUGAGAGAAGACGGGACGGAAGAAGAAGAGGAAUAAAGAAGAAAUAGAAGAAAAUGAAGAAAUGGAAAAAAAUAAGAAAAACGAGAAGAAAACGCUGAGAGGAAAAAAAAUUAAAGGAAUAGGAAAAGGAAAAUGAGAGAGAAGAGAAACAAAGGAAGAAGAAGGAUAAGAAUAAAGAAGAGGAAGAAGAAAUGGAAGAAAACUCAGAAAAAAGGGAUAAGGAAGAUGAGUGAGAAGACAAAACGAGAAGUAGAGGAAUAAAGAAGAAAUGGAAGAAAAAAUAAGAAGAAAAUGCAGACAAUAAAAAUAAUAGAACGAAGAUGAAAUAAAGAGAAGCAAAUAGAAGAGAUGAAGAAAACUGUGUGCUAGAGAGAAUAAAGAAGAAAAUGAAGACAAAAAAAAACUAAAUAAAGAACAAAUGAAAUACAGAGACAAAAAGAGAAAUGCUGAAGAAAAUAGAUAAAGAUAAAUAAGGAAAGAGGAAAUGUAAGAACUAAAGAAGAAAAUGAAGACAAAAAUACAAAACAAAAAUUAAAAAGAGGGAAAAAAGAGGAAUGCAGAAAAAAAAAGAAAUGGGAGAAAUAAACAAGAAAAUGAAAAAUAAAGAAGAAAUGUAAGAAAUAAACAAGAAAAGGGAGAAAAUGAAACAAAGAAAGCAAAGAAAAUCAAGUAUGUGACAAGCUGAUAAUACAUGUACUUGUCUUACUUAGAAUUCUCUUUGUUAAUGUACAGUUGCUUUGUUAAGUGUGUAAGUAAAGUAAGUGUGUGCGGUGUAACUUGUAGAUAUAGUAAAGAGUCUUGAGUA